AUGGCAAAGGGGACGGCUGAUGGCGGCGCUGCGACUGGAACAGGUCAAGAGAAGGUGCAGGACAUCAAGCCGUCCGGGAAGGGCGGCGGCGACGUACCGGCGGCGGCGGCCGGGGAGAAGCAGCUGGUGAUAAGGGCGCCGGUGCACUGCGACGGCUGCGGCAGGAAGUUGCGCCGCUCACUGCAGCGCAUCGAGGGUGUUGGAGAGGUGACUGUGGACAGCCGGACCAACACGGUGGUUGUGAGGGGCCGCAGAGCGGUGGAGAACGCGACGGAGGUCCUGCAGGUCGUGGAAAGGAGGACCGGGGAGAAGGCGGUGUUGGUGAGCCCGUCGCCAGACAAGCUGCCGCCGCGGUCAGUGCCCAACAAGGGUGGAGAGACCAACAAGAAAGACGAUGGAAACACAAAGGACGUGUCAAAUGAAUUACCGGAAGUGGAUAUGGAAAUGGUUACCGUUCUGAAGAUGAACUUGCACUGCGACGCCUGCAGCGAGGAGAUCAGGCGGAGGAUACUGAAGAUUACAGGUGAUGGUGAAAGGGAAGGUGGAGCCGGCGACACUGGUCGGCUUCAUCCACAAGUGCACGGGGGGAAAGCCGCCAUCAUCAGAGCGGAGCCACUGGAUGAUCUCCUGCAAUCAGCGAAGUCGCCGGCGCCACCAACGGUCGUCACGCCAGCGCCACCGGUUGAAGCUGAGAAUCCGCCGGGGGAGAAGAAGAAUGGCGGACAGAAUGGGAAGAAGAAGGAAGAGCCAAAUGAGGAGAACACGGGAGGAGGACAAGAGGAGGACCAUGUGGAUGAGAACCCAGAAACGAAGAAGCCGAGCGACGGCGGCCAUGGCGCCACCGACGAGGAGCAUGGAACCCAUGCCGGCGAAGCUCCAAACCAUAACAAUGGCGGCCAUCAUGGAGAUGAGUUCGUGCUGGAGAAUCAUACCAAGGACGACCGCCUGUUCACCGUUCCGAUGCCGGCCGGAGUUGUGACGGUGGCGCCUGAGAUGGCCCUCAGCAACCGGAGCUACUACUACCCGGCGUAUCCUUCCGCACAAUACUAUUUCCCCUACCAGCAGUACCAGUAUCCGCAGGCGUACCCGGCGUAUGCUUGCAGCCCUGCUGCCAUGUACGGGUAUGGCUAUCCAGCAAACUAUCCACCGGAUGCUUUCAGUGAGGAGAACCCAAAUGCAUGCACCAUCGUGUGA